AUGGCUCUACGCGCUAUUCCGUUAGAUAUUCUUGAUGACUUAAGCAGCCGUUUCAUAACAAAUAUCCCAGUAGAAAAUCGCAAGAACUGGAUGCACCUCUUCUUCCAAAUUGAAUUAGCGUACUGGUUUUACUUGGACGUUUACUACAAGGACAGGAGAAGGAAGUUAAACAAAUGUAACAUGGAUGAAUUGUCAGUGCAUCUCUGCCGUCAUAUUCCGUUUCUACGAGCGCAUUUGCCGCGCGUAGACAUUAUACUGAAGCUACUAAGGCAAUGGCGAGAGUACAAGCACAGGAUACCAACCGUCGGCGCCAUCAUGUUGAAUGAAGACAUGAGUAAAGUAUUGCUAGUUGAGAGCUUCUGGCGAAAAAACCUCUGGGGGUUUCCGAAAGGCAAAGUUAAUGAAGAUGAACAUCCUGCGCUUUGUGCUUCGCGUGAAGUGCUUGAAGAGACAGGAUUUGACAUCUCUCUCUUUAUUAACAAAAAUCAUUUCAUCGAGCACGAAAUCAAGAACCAGCUUGUCAGACUCUACAUAAUCCCUGGGGUCAAGGAGAGUACCAAGUUCCAGACGUUGACCACGAACGAGAUCGGGAACAUCAAGUGGUUCUCCUUGAGUAAUUUGCCCUAUACUACCAUGGAUAUGACGCCCCAAGUUAAGAUGGGUAUAGAGCCGAAAAAUUUUUUUUUGGUCGCACCUUUUAUCAGAGAAAUAAAACUUUGGGUGAAACAACAGCGAGAAGAAGAGUUGUCCAUGAUUUACCGCCAUAUACUUAGAAAAAAGAUUCGAGAAGAAAUGGCAUUGGUAACGCACUAA